AACCUGGAAUCGUUGCGAUGUAGAAAUUGGGGAUCUAAAUGCAUCAUUUUGUCACGACGGAGAAGUGCGUUGACGUAAUGGUCAUACCGCGGAUCAUUUUAACAUCAAAAUGAAGUGCCGGAAGAGGAAUGAAUUACGGCCACCUAAUACAGCGGAGUACAAGGUAUGUUAUUGCACUUUCCCAGCACACAGGCUCGACAAAACUAGGGACCAUCGAUUGUCCGGUCAUGGCAGAACCAGGUCGUAAGAGACUUCGAAGGUCGAAGGAUAUUUCGCAAUCAGAAAAGAGCGCCAAACACAAAUUGGUCGAAAAGGUCAAUUCUUUGUCGGCACCGGAGUUCUUUGCAGAGUUCGACACUUCAGAAGGCAUAUCAGCGGUAUUGAAGCUGUAUCCACGUCUCGGAAGCUUACGAGUAGCUGCGUCGGACAUCUCGCCGGGCUAUCUGGAGGAAUGCUUGAGACUGAUCGAGACGACGAGCGGAGAAGACUACAAUAACUCCGAGAUCAAAUGGUCUCCGUCAAAGAAGCGCAGGGAGAUGAAGCUGCCAGACAUGAAAUACAUUCUUGUGACUGAGCAAGACCAUGUCGUCGGCUUCGUUUCCUUUAUGGUCACUUAUGAAGACGGCAAUGAAGUGGUGUACAUAUACGAGAUCCAUUUCUCCCCGGACUGGCGGGCCAAAGGCCUAGGCAGGAAGUUGAUGGAUGUCGUUGAAGUCAUUGGACGGAAUGUCGGAGUCACCAAGGUCAUGCUGACUGUCUUCAAGGCCAAUAUUCGAGCAGUUCAAUGGUACAUCAAGUUGGGCUAUGCCGAGGACGAGUUUUCUCCCAGGGCCCGUAAACUGCGAAACGGCACAAUCAAAGAACCAACCUACAUCAUCUUGUCGAAACCUUUGACAAGCUGAUCUUAUUGGGUCUAUAUUUGUCGAGCAGCUUUGCCCUUCAUCUCGGGUCUCUCUAUUUCCCAUUCCUCGCGCAUCACGGCAAACAACGUGUCGCCAACGAGGAUGGUCAAACCCAAGCUCCAGACCAAUGUGAUGGCAUAGAAGAAGUUAGCAUUGCCUGAUCCAGCAUAAAUCCACAGAUGAUAAAAUGCUGGACCAAGAAGCGUCGAAUACAACAAGACCGAAGCAGCGAUAAAGGUGUAUCGUGUCACUAAGAUAGUCAGCAGACGGCGAUCCAUAUGGUACAACAGAACUCACAGGGCAGGACAUGGGAAUACAUUGGGAGGAACCCAAGAUACAAUGAGACGUCGGCAAUGCUUGGGUAUGGCUUGAAGAUUGCCAUUAGCCCCAAUAGACUAGUGACGACGAAUAGCGGUUGGUUUUGCAGUCGCAGUGUCAUUCCUCCAACAUAACCCACCAGGUGCAACCAGAAAACUCCAAUGAAAAAGUCUCGGAAUGAGUCGAAGAUCUCAAUGAAAAAGUACCACCACAACCCAACAUUCGGUGUCAAGUCCGGGACCGUGAUUUGAGCUCCGUAACAGGAUGCGAGGAAGUCUCCGAAAUUGUUCGUCAAGAUAGGAGUCGUGCCAAGUAAUGCCGCAAUUGCACCUGCAAAGGAAAUGGUUGAGGUCGUCAACGUUGCUGACUUUCCCUGGCUUUGGUGAAUCAUGAGUAGAAUCGGUGGUAGCAGGAGAGCAGGGUACAUCGACAAGUAGGUGCCAAUGGCCAGUCCAAACAUGGCUCGUACGGCAUUUCCAGACUGGGCAUUGAGGACUGCUUGGAUGAUGGCAGCACUGGUAAAGAUGCUU